AUGGGGCCGAAGGGGGCGCAGGCUCUUCUGUCUCCGCCGCCCGCCCCGUCGGGGGAUGCCCGCCUUGCCCGCUCCAGGAGGUCCUCCGAGCCCCCGAACCUCGCCUGGGUUCAGGGCUGCUCUGACCCAGCUGGGCACCGAUCCCGAGGACCAGCUGCCGGCUGGGCUGCUCCCUCGGGACGCAAAGUGGUGGUGAAGGUGGAGCCGGAGGAGGAGCUGCGCAUCGGGUGCCCCCAGGACCCGUCCGAAGCAGAGAGGGAGCCGCCUCCUGGCUCCCCGGCAGGGAUCAAGCCGGAGGUGGUCAUUAAGGUGGAGCCCGAGGACGACUCGUAUGCAGAAGACCCUUGGGACUACAGCGGCGGGGAAUCCAGCGAUGACACAGACUCCUCCGACAUCCGACCUGACGUUAUUGUGAAGAUGGAGCCAGAGGAGGAGGAGGAGGAGGAGGAAGACUUUGGGUGCCCCCCGGGAGAGAUAGGAAGAGGAGCUUCACAUGGCACCCUUCUCAUGGUACGGUGUGUGAAGCUGGUCUGGGACCGUAAUAAAUUUCAUUUCAUUUUAAAGCUCUUGUCUUGCCCUUUCCCUUCCUCACCACCAGAUGGCGACAUCCAGCCGAGUCAGAGGAGAGCGGAAGCAGCCGCCGCCGCCUCCCAGAGCGUCCGCAGCGGCAAGGGCAGUGGCAGCCAAUGGGCAAAGCAGGCUGGCCCAGAGCAGAAGAAACCGCCUGCCCCCGGAGGCUCUGGCAGCCCUCGGGAGAAGCCCCGUCCUCGGACCCCGCCGGACCCUGCCGGCACCCCCGAGGGAGCGCGGCGCCCAAAGAGCCACGCGGCCUGCGACCGCCCCUUUGCCUGCAGCAUGUGUGGCAAGCGGUUCCAGCACCGGGGCAACCUGGUGACGCACUUGCGGGUGCACACGGGGGAGAAGCCCUUCCCGUGCUCCGAGUGCGGGAAGAGCUUCAGCCAGAAGGGGGACCUGAUGCGGCACCUGCGCAUUCACACGGGCGAGAAGCCCUUUGAGUGCACCGUGUGUGGCAAGAGCUUCUGCUCCAAGCAGACCUUCGUGCUGCACCAGCGCAUCCACACGGGCGAGAAGCCCUACUCGUGCGCCGACUGCGGCAAGGCCUUCAACCGCAAGGCCAACUUCGUCACGCACCAGAAGAUCCACCGCGGCGAGCGGCCCUUCGUCUGUGGCGAGUGCGGGAAGGGCUUCUGCGCCAAGAAGACUUUCAUCCUCCACCAGAAGAUCCACGUGGGGGACCGCCCCUUCGGCUGCUCCGAGUGCGGCAAGAGCUUCAGCCGCAACGGGGACCUGACCCGCCACCAGCGCAUCCACACGGGCGAGCGGCCCUUUGCGUGCGGCGAGUGCGGCAAGUGCUUCAGCCACAACGGGGAGCUGAUCAAGCACCAGCGCAUCCACACGGGCGAGAAGCCCUUCGAGUGCACGGCCUGCGGCAAGAGCUUCAACCGCAAGAGCACCCUCAUCACCCACCAGCGCAUCCACACGGGCGAGCGGCCCUUCGUCUGCGGCGAGUGCGGCAAGACCUUCAACCUCAAGACCACCCUCAUGAAACACCGGCGCAUCCACACCGGCGAGAGGCCCUUCACCUGCCUCGAGUGCGGGAAGAGCUUCAAGUACAAGGGGAACCUGCGGACGCACCACCUCACCCACACGGUCGAGCGCGUCUACCCCUGCACCGAGUGCGGCGCCGUCUUCGGGCAGCGCAAGGAGCUCAAGGCGCACCAGGCGGCGCACGCCGAGAGCCGGCUGCUGCCGUGCUACGGAGACGACGGGGGGAACCUGAACCCCUUCCUGCAGGUGCACCCCCUGCUGCUCACCUGCUCGCCCAUGGAGACCCUGGCAAAAUUCAAACAGGAGGCGGGCUUCACAGACCCUUAGCAGGACCCAAGGGGAGAGAGAGAAGGGGCUGUUUUAAUUUAUCGGUUAAGCGGGCAGCUGGAGGACCUCCUGGCCCCGGAGAUCUCGCAGGGGUUGGCGCCCAGAGACGGGCAGAUGAACGGAGCAGAGGAAACUUCCCUCUUUUGUGGGGCGCCCGGGCCGUGGGUCUGCAAAUGUUGGCUAUGGGCCACGUCUUCAGGACAAAGCUGUAACUGCAGGCCUUGCCCCAGCGGACUGACAGCUGUCUGUUAACGUCUUCCUCGCUGUAGCAAACAGGAGCUAUUGCAGCUUGGUUGGUUCCCAAACUCUCGGAGAGUUUGUGAGCAGCGAUGUACUUGCCCCGUGGGGGACGCAGAGGGCGGGCUAGGGGGAUUUUGCUUGGGUCGGUGGUUUUAUCAAGGGCGGGGGGAAGAGGAGGGUGUGUGUGAAUCGGGAUGAUAAAUUGAUAGGCUCGUUUCAAAUUCGUUAAUGUUUUUUAAUAGCUCGAAUACUAGGUUUGAGUCGCUUCGAGGAAAUGUUCGUUUGUGUGUACAUCAGAAGAUUAAAGUGGUGGUUGAAGGACAAGCAGUAGAGUGACAGAAAAGGUAGCAAAAACUCCCCUCUUCCCCCCUCCCCUGGUACAGUUUUUGAGAUAGCUGAAAGCAAAUAAACCUACGAUGACUAAAUCGAAA